AUGAAUGAUAAAAACGCUUCCGGCCUGGCCAUCUGCGCUGCUUUCGUUACAAUGGCCAUCAUCUGUUUUGAAGCUGCUGUCGCCCAGCAGCAGACGUUCAGCCGUAGCCACUUCAACAACUACGUCAGCCACUUGGCGGCGGACAGUGACGUCACAAGCUGCUACAGGUCAGGCUACGGUGCCCAUGAAUGGCUCGUUUAUGAUUUGGCUACCGCGAGAAAUAUCAGUGGACUGAAGAUUUCCGGCGUUCUGCACACGGCGAACAUAAGGAUCGGUAAUUUUUUCGCCAACAUUGGGGUCGGGGACGGUUUUGGCGAUAACGGUCUCUGCUACUUUACCGACAAUACCGACGGAUAUUACGAUACGAUGGGGCAACACACGCUAAAGUGCCCCAACCCGAUAAAUGGCAGGUAUGUCAGUGUCCAGAUGGUAGAUCCAGUCAUUGUCAACCAGUUGGUGAUCUGUGACAUCAAAACCAUCUGAAUUUGAGUGCGUGAUUGAUUGGUUGAAUAGUUAGUUCGUUCAUUGAUUGGCUUGAGAGUUAGCUGGAUGGUUGAUUGGGUGAAUGAAUGGAUGAAUGAUUUAAUGAAUGAAUGAAUGAAUGAUUGAACGAAUGAAUGAAUGAAUGAAUGAACAAAUAAAAUGAAUGAAAGAAAAGAGUAUUUAUAUUAAAAACCAACGCAUCCAUCAUGGCCUGUGAUAAUUUUUACGUAAAUUGAACAAUAUUUAAUGAAUGAACUAUAAUAAUUUAAUAAUAAUAAUAAGGAUAAUUAUUAAUUAUACUAUAUUAUUAUUAUAUUAUUAUUAUAAUUAUUAUUAUUAUUGAUCUUAUUAAAAUUAUAGACAGUUACAAGUUAUAGAAUGAGCAAUACCGAUGUAUUCUUACAGUAGGCUAUUUGAAAAAAAAUGACAAUGAUGUCUGCUAUUAAUAAACCCUCACACACACGCACACACACACACACGCACACACACACAGACAAACACACUCACACAAACACACACACAUCAAUAAUAAUGAAAAUAAUAAACCGAUUCAAUUU